UGGGGGUGUAGGACUCAGCCCCUCUUGUGAGGGGUGGAUUUUUAGACCAUUUUUCCUCAGGGUCCUGAACCAACUACUAAGCCAAGGGGGGGCGUGGAAGAGACUUUCUAUGUGGGCGAAUAAUCCCAUCAUUGUCCCCAUGGGACUUUUUGCUUUUCCCUCUAGCAGCUGAUAGUGUGAGUGUCAGACCCAGGACACUGGUCUACAUGGCCACUGGGCUGAUCAGGAUUCGUCCUUUUAUAUAGUGGAAUUACAUAAAGUAAAAAAACUAGGAAAGGUCUAAUAGCGCAUCAGCUGAAAUUACUUGUAAGAGCAAGGUGCAGCCACCCAAGAGGGGAUGAGAAAAGGAAGAAAAUGAUGCUACCCCUUGUUAUUGGUUGCAAAGCCCCAAAGAAAGAUGGAGCCAAAUGCAGGUAAUUCAUCCAGAAUCUUUUAAACUGGUAACACAUUGAGCAAUUUACAGAAACCUUCUCGGUGAUGCUUGAACAAGAAAACUAAGAUCUGCCAAAAUGUCCGAAAGAUCAGAUAUCCUUCACUUCAAGUUUGACAAUUAUGGAGAUUCAAUGUUACAAAAAAUGAACAAACUGAGGGAAGACAAUAAGUUUUGUGAUGUUGUAGUUCACAUAGACAAUGUUGAGGUUCAUGGGCAUAAAAUCGUGUUUGCUGCAGGCUCCCCCUUUUUAAGGGAUCAGUUUUUGUUGAAUGACUCCAGAGAGGUUAAAAUUUCCAUUCUGCAGAGUUCGGAAGUGGGGAGGCAGUUGCUUUUGUCCUGCUACAGUGGCAUUCUGGAGUUUCCUGAGAUGGAGCUGGUAAAUUACUUGACUGCUGCAAGCUUUCUUCAGAUGAGCCACAUUGUGGAACGAUGUACACAGGCUCUCUGGAAGUUUAUAAAACCUAAGAAGUCAUUGGAGAGCAAGGAGGAUUGUGAACAGCAAAGCGAUUCUUCUGAGUUGAAAGAACACCAAGGAGAUGAGGACACUCUGCAACAGGAUUCACUAUGUAUUCAAACCUCAGAAGACAGCAUGGACAUGGAAGAUAGUGACAUUCAGAUUGUCAAGGUGGAGUCUAUUGGGGAGGUGUCUGAGGUUAGAAAUAAAAAAGAUCAAACCCAGUUUAUUUCUUCUGAACAAACUGCUUUACAUUCAUCAGAGCCUCAGCACUUUUUAAUCAAUUCCACUGUGGAAAACAGAACGAGUGAAAUAGAACAAAAUCAUCUCCACAACUAUGCCCUUUCUUACACUGGCAGUGACAGUUUCAUCGUGGACUCGAAAGACAUGUUUGGUCCUAACAAUAGAGGUAUAGACAAAGGUCUCCAAUGGCACCACCAGUGUCCCAAGUGUACCAGAGUAUUCCGGCACUUGGAAAACUAUGCUAAUCAUUUAAAAAUGCAUAAACUGUUCAUGUGUCUGCUGUGCGGUAAGACGUUCACUCAGAAAGGCAAUCUCCACCGACAUAUGAGAGUGCAUGCAGGGAUCAAACCUUUUCAGUGUAAGAUCUGUGGGAAAACCUUCUCUCAGAAAUGUUCUUUACAGGACCAUCUAAACCUGCACAGUGGAGACAAGCCUCAUAAAUGUAACUAUUGUGACAUGGUCUUUGCACAUAAACCUGUUCUGAGGAAACACCUUAAACAAUUACAUGGAAAAAAUAGUUUUGACAAUGCCAAUGAAAGAAAUGUUCAAGAUAUAACGGUGGACUUUGAUUCUUUCAGCUGUAGCACUGCUACAGACAGUAAGGUCUGUCAACAAGCUGAUGCAAGCCAGAUACUGGAUGCAGGGAAAUUGGCUCAGGCUGUGCUCAAUUUAAGGAGCGAUAGCACCUGUGUCAAUUAAGCAUUCCAAGCAGCCCUUUGUAGGCAUCAUGAAGAAAGAAACAAAAGGUUGGAUUUGGGCUUUCACCAGAGCAGAUGGUAUGCCCUGAAAGGUUGUGUACAGAUUGAAUUACAAAACCUAGCAGGUUGUCAGCCUUCAUUCUAGUCUUAUUCUCUGUGACUAGUAAUCCUCAUACAGAGUUUCUGUGUGUCCCUACUGGUGAGCAUGGGAUUAAAUUUUGGAUUUGUUACAUUUUGGAUAAUUUAAUCUGAUUUGGAGUUAUGGGACUGUCACCUUUUGAAGAACUCUUGCUGUGGGCAGUCACUAGUUAAACUAUGCUGUACAGUUAAAGGCCUGUGUAUGUCUGGGCAGAUAGAAGAAACAACCGAGAGGAUGAGUCUGUGAGAUAAAACCUGACAUUUUCAAAAAGCACUGGAUAACUGAGAAUUAUGUAGUUCAACUGCUAAUUUGUUUUUCUGUUAAAACUUCAGUUAUUUGCCUUCCAAUCUUACCCAAAUCCCUAAAGUUAAAAUUAAAUACUUUUUUCCAUGUGUCA